CUCCAGUGUUACAGUGACACUCCUCUUCUGUGGACGAGUUCAUACGGACUCACUCAGGAUUGCUCAUCAUUCAUUUUCACUCUCUUUCUCCUUUUCUCUGCCUGCGAUGAAAUUUUUGCUUUAAACAAAAAGGAGGACCAAAUUCGCCCCGGCAAAAUGACGGUGGAUUUUGAAGACUGCCUCAAAGAUUCACCCCGCUUUAGGGCGAACAUCGAUGAGGUGGAGACCGAAGUGGUGGAGAUUGAGGCGAAGCUAGACAAGUUGGUGAAGUUAUGCAGUGGGAUGAUAGAAGCCGGGAAGGCGUAUGUCAGCGCAAACAAACUUUUCGUCAACGGUAUCCGAGACCUAUCUCAGCAGUGCAAGAAAGAUGAAAUGAUAUCAGAAUGUCUGGAGAAGUGUGGCGAGAGUCUGCAGGAGAUCGUAAACUACCACAUGAUCCUGUUCGAUCAGGCACAGAGGUCCGUGAAACAGCAGCUGCACAAUUUUGUCAAAGAGGAUGUGCGGAAGUUUAAGGAAACGAAAAAGCACUUUGAUAAGGUGCGUGAGGACCUGGAGAUCGCUCAGGUGAAGAACGCUCAGGCGCCGAGGAACAAGCCGCACGAGGUCGAGGAGGCCACCGGCACCCUCAACAUCACUCGCAAGUGCUACCGUCAUCUAGCACUGGACUAUGUUCUGCAGAUCAACGUCCUUCAGGCUAAGAAGAAAUUCGAGAUCCUAGACGCGAUGCUGUCGUAUAUGCAUGCCCAGUACUCACUCUUUCAGCAGGGCUUCAAUCUGCUCGAUGAACUCGACCCCUACAUGAAGAAGCUGGCAGCAGAGCUGGACCAGCUGGUGAUCGAUUCAGCGAUGGAGAAAAGAGACAUGGAGCACAAACACGCUACGAUACAACAGCGGACUCUUCUACAGGACUUUGCCUACGAUGACCCGAAGGUGGAGUUCAACGUGGACGCCCCCAACGGAGUGGUUAUGGAGGGCUACCUGUUCAAACGAGCCAGUAAUGCCUUCAAAACAUGGAACAGGCGGUGGUUCUCCAUCCAGAACAGUCAGCUUGUGUAUCAGAAGAAGCUGAAGGACUCACUGACUGUGGUGGUAGAGGACCUGAGACUGUGUUCGGUUAAACCCUGUGAGGACAUCGAGAGGAGGUUCUGCUUUGAAGUGGUGUCUCCUUCCAAGAGCUGUAUGCUGCAGGCUGAGUCAGAGAAGCUCCGACAGGCCUGGAUCCAAGCAGUGCAGGCCAGCAUUGCCUCGGCCUAUAGAGAGAGUCCAGACAGCUAUUACACUGAGCGUCUGGACCGGACGGCGUCUCCCUCCACCAGCAGCAUCGACUCGGCCAGUGAGCCGCGAGAGCGCAGUGUGAGAGCCGAGAGCGUAUUGCAGAGGGUUCAGUGUGUGCCAGGCAACGACAUGUGCUGCGACUGUGGCCAGGCCGAUCCACGCUGGGCCAGUAUCAACCUGGGCAUCCUGCUGUGUAUCGAGUGCUCCGGCAUACACAGGAGUUUGGGGGUGCACUGCUCCAAAGUCCGCUCUCUCACCCUGGACUCCUGGGAACCUGAGCUGCUGAAGUUGAUGUGUGAGCUGGGUAACAGUGUUAUAAACCACAUCUAUGAGGGAACGUGUGAGGAGCAGGGCAUGAAGAAACCGGGAGCAAACAGCCCCAGGCAAGAGAAGGAAGCGUGGAUUCGAGCCAAAUACGUGGAAAAGAAGUUCCUGAAGAAGAUUGCGACAGCGGGAGCCCUGGCCAACAGCGAGAGAAAAACAGAGAGGCGGUGGGCUGCAAAAAAGUGCCGACGCCACAACAGCGCCACAACCGUGCCCAAGCACCGGCGGAAAUACAGACAGGAUCCCAGCUCGGGUUCCCUCUGCUCAGCCACCAGCGCUUUGGAGAGAAAGUUCCGUCGAGAUUCACUCUUCUGUCCUGAUGAACUGGACUCGCUGUUCUCAUACUUUGACACCAGCUCAGGGCCUCGCAGUCCUGCAGGUCUCAGCAGCGACAGUGGACUGGGCGGCAGCAGUGACGGCAGCACUGACGUCCUCCUGUUCGGCUCGGUGGUAGACAGCGUCACUGAGGAGGAGUGUGAAGUGUCAGAGGACUCAAGCGGUGAAGUGGAGCUGGAGCCGGAGGCGUCAGACCCGGAGGAUGUACGUGAGCUGCAUCCCGGUGCACUGCUCUAUAAAGCCUGCCAGGCUCGUAAUCUGCCCGUCAUGGCUGAAGCGCUGGCUCACGGUGCCGACGUCAACUCCGUCAAUGAGGAGGAUGAGGGCAAGAGCCCGCUCAUCCAGGCCGUGAUCGGAGGCUCUUUAUUAGCUUGUGAGUUUCUGCUACAAAAUGGGGCAGACGUCAACCAAAGAGACCUAAAAGGAAGAGGGCCAUUACACCAUGCUACGUAUUUAGGGCACACAGGGCAGGUGUGUUUGUUCCUAAAACGUGGAGCCACACAGAACGAUGGCGAUGAUGACGGUCAGGAUCCUCUCAGUAUAGCGGUUCAGGCCGCCAACGCCGACAUCGUCACUCUGCUGCGUCUGGCUCGGAUGAACGAGGAGAUGAGGGAGUCGGAGGGGCCGCUGGGACAACCAGGUCAAUACCCAAGCAGCAGUCCUACAGAACAGCAGUACAAGAAAUGCAUCCAGGAGUUUAUUUGCCUCAACAUAGCUGAGUGCGACACCACGUACCUGGACAUCUUCCGUGAGUUUUCCCACAUGGCAUCUCACAACCCUGAGAAGCUGAAGCGCAGGAGCAUUCACUUUCGACACUCCUUCAGAGUUUGAUGGACGUUUGACUGUGGACCUGGAAAAAAAGAGAAAGAGAGAUUUCAUAAUUUCACAUCGCAGGCUAGAUUCUAAAGCCACGUUGUUGACCACAGAGUUUACAGAAGGAGGAGACGAGCGCUGAAGACGCCAGAGGACAAACCUGAAAUCGAUUCCAAGCACAUUCAUUUCAACCUUUGUUUAAAAGUUUCUGUCCAGAAAUGUUGUUUUUGUAAGCUUUAUGAGGAUCAGCUGGACUUAUCCUCCAUUUUCUUUAGUUUAUUUUUCAUUUUGCCUACAUCAUUUUUACGGGGCUAUUUUGUAUUUUAGACUUUCAGAGAUUAGUGAAUAUUGAAGCUCGCAUCACUACAUUUAAUAUACCGGAUAGGGUUUCUACAGUAGUUUAUGGCUGCAUGUGUACAAAAAGAAAUAGAAGAAAUUUCUGUUUUUGCUCAAAUGCAUUUAUUAUAUUUACUUCAUGAUGAUGUCCAUGUUAUGAAUCCUAAUUGGCAGAAUGAUGUAUUUGGGACUUUUGAGCUCCUUUUUAAGCUCCUUUUCAGUUGAGUGUGAAGUGUGAUGUUCAGUGAUGUUCAGUGAUGACUAUGCUGGUGUAGUCUUACAUCCAUCCUGAGCUUGGUUCUGUACAGUGGCCAUAAAGCAUCGCAGACUCCAUGGCAGAUGUUGUACAUGUACAGCACUUUUUAGAUGCUAAUAUAUCAUGAACCUUGUUGUAUUUUGUAACAAAAAAAAUAAAACUCAGAUAAAUCUC